UGUGGGGGCUCACUAAUGCACCGUGUUCUUCCUGCCAGUGUAGGUCUCCACCAGCUGACCAGCCCGCGGUACAAAUUCAACUUCAUCGCCGACGUGGUGGAGCAGAUCGCGCCGGCCGUGGUGCACAUAGAGCUCUUCCUGAGACACCCGCUGUUCGGCCGCAACGUGCCCCUGUCCAGCGGCUCUGGCUUCCUCAUGUCCGAGGCCGGCCUGAUCGUCACCAACGCGCACGUGGUGUCCAGCACCAACGCCGUCUCAGGCCGGCAGCAGCUCAAGGUGCAGCUGCAGAACGGCGACACCUACGAGGCCACCAUCAAAGACAUCGACAAGAAGUCGGACAUCGCCACCAUCAAGAUCCACCCCAAAAAAAAGCUCCCGGCGCUGCAGCUGGGCCACUCGGCAGACCUGCGUCCCGGCGAGUUCGUGGUGGCCAUCGGCAGCCCCUUCGCCCUGCAGAACACGGUGACCACGGGCAUCGUCAGCACGGCCCAGCGGGACGGCAAGGAGCUGGGCCUGCGGGACUCGGACAUGGACUACAUCCAGACGGACGCCAUCAUCAACUACGGGAAUUCCGGGGGACCCCUGGUGAACCUGGACGGUGAGGUCAUUGGCAUCAACACGCUCAAGGUCGCAGCUGGCAUCUCCUUCGCCAUCCCCUCGGACCGCAUCGCGCGCUUCCUCACCGAGUUCCAGGACAAGCACGUCAAAGACUGGAAGAAGCGCUUCAUCGGCAUUCGGAUGAGGACCAUCACUCCCAGUUUGGUGGAGGAGCUAAAGGCCAACAACCCGGACUUCCCGGAGGUCAGCCGCGGGAUCUACGUGCAAGAGGUGGCUCCCAACUCCCCGUCUCAGAGGUAG